GUUUCUACACGGUCAGAUUUCUUAGAAAUUGACACUCUACUCAACAAUGCAGGAGUCCAUAGUGCAAGACACUACGACUUAGUCAUCCCAUUGCAGUGCUGUGGCUCUAUAUAGUGCGUAGAUGAUGUAUCGGUCAAUUUACAGAAUGAUAGAUUUUAGAUGCGUUUGUAAUACAAUGCGGUAUUCAUAAUUACAAGAUUGUAAACAUCGCAUUACGCAAACCUUAACGAGUCAUAUUUUUAACAAAUCAGACGUACAACCUGCAGUACUGUACAAGACUGCAAAACCGGCGAUGGGAGUGUCACUGAAGCGCGCUUCCAUUGUUCAGCAUACGUUCUCGUAUUAUUUUGUUAAAACUGUCACAGCCAGUGUGCGUGCUUUUUCCUUCAGCAAAUCUUAACGUAUGUGGACUUUCCUGGAAGAUGUGAGGUUGGUGGUCUUCGGCCACCUCUAAUUAUCUAGUGUGUAUCAUUGCAUCGAAUAUGUGGAUUGUGGAGCAGGUUGAAUGCCAUUUUCUGUGAUCAACGGGAAAUUUGAAACUGAUUGGUGUAUUUUUCGCAAUCAACCAACAGGCAAACGAAAACCUCAGUUGACUUUAUUUCAACAAUAUCGGUUCGGAUAAUUUUAUAUGGACGGAUUGAUGUGCUGCUCGGAUUAUUUGCAUAAUAUAACGAUGGUUGUCCUUAUAUUCCGUUGACAGUUAAAUCCGUCCACCGGCUUCAUCGUGCAGCCAAAAAUGUGGGAAUGCCAAGGAUUGUACUAAAGUAUUUCACGGCCAUGCUGCAAUGGUAAACAAAGUGGAUUAACUAUUUACACGUGGACUUAUCCUUAUUAAAUCUGUUGUAUUCACUGACUGAAAUCCGAUCGCUUUUUUUGCGACAAAAUCUCUCCAAAAAUGCCGUGUGAUUUUUUGUUAUCUUGCCUGAAUCUGGAAGACACCAAACAGCGUCAGAGUCGUAUUAUUGAUAAAGAACUUCACAAACAGAAACGCCAACUACGCCGGCAGAUGAAAAUUCUCUUAUUGGGCGCCGGUGAAUCCGGCAAAUCCACUUUUCUCAAGCAGAUUCGUAUUAUGCAUGGAGACAGUUUCAGUGAUUAUGCGAUACAGGAGUUUAUCCUGACUAUUCGACAGAACGUUAUUAUGGGCAUGAAAGUGCUGUUGGAUGCCCGCCGGAAACUGGGUAUUCCCUGGAAGGAUCCGCUGAAUGAGGCACCGUCUAAGAGGGUUUUCAACUGUGAUGUCCAGUUGGCGGUGGAACCGAAUAAUUUCUGCCAGAAUUUUGUUCCGGCCAUAUGCGCGCUAUGGGCAGAUUCCGCGGUGAAAUUAGCGUUUGAACGGCGCCGGGAAUAUCAGCUGGGAGAUUCCAUUAAGUACUUCCUGGUGGAGCUGCCCAGGAUCGGAUUACGUGACUAUAAACCCACGAAUCUGGAUAUUUUACACGCUCGCAAAGCGACCAAAGGCAUCACCGAGUACACAGUAGCCAUACAGAAUGUUCCGUUCCUCUUCGUUGACGUCGGUGGACAACGUUCGCAGCGUCAGAAAUGGUUCCAGUGCUUUGAAUCGGUUAAUGCUAUCCUCUUUCUGGCCGCUGCCAAUGAAUACGACCAAGUACUACUUGAAGAUCGGCAGACCAGCAGAAUAAUGGAAGCGUGUGCGAUAUUCGAAACCAUCGUCAACAAUCUGGUCUUUGUGGAGGUGGCUAUAAUACUGUUUCUGAAUAAGACCGAUCUGUUGGAGGAGAAAUAUCAGCGCUGUUUGAUCUCCGAUUUUUUACCGGAAUUCCUGGGUAAUCCGCGCGAUAUUAAGCAAGUAAAGGAUUUUUUGUUGGGCAUCUUCGAUCGAUGCCGGAAAGAUCGCAGUAAAAGCCUGUAUCAUCACUGGACCAGUGUUAUUGAUACUCAGCACACACACCAAAUCUUCUCCUACGUACGCGAUGAAAUUCGUCGGGAAAACCUACGCCAAAUUGGUUUAUAUUAGCUGAUUGCAAAAAUUUGUGCCGCUCUUUCUUUGUAAUGCUCACUUUUUACGCAAUCGAUCGUUGCAUAUUUGACCUUAUGUUUAUAUUUAUGAACUCAUGGUUCAGUGAAUUGAUGUGACUUACUUUUUUCUGUCCAGCAUUUGCGAUCCGUCCUUUUUUCGAAAAAGCAAAAUAUAUGCGUCGUUGACCGUUUAUGCAAUGUUUUGUUGUUUACCUAUAAAAAAUUUGCUCGAUAGUUUUUCCGUAUGCCAGUUCAGCACAGCAUUUGGUCGACACGAUAAUUAUGUAUGUUGCAAAAUCCGUAUCA